AUGGGUGAAAUGAGUUUUGCUACGCUGGUGAAGAAGCAGUUCACGCCUACGAAGUUGAUAUUCCAUAUCAUCUUCUGGGGUCUGCACAUCUUCCUCUUCGCCUUCGGAUGGUACAAGCAGGCGGCCGACCCGCGUCUUGCGGGCCUGAAUACUCUCCAAUAUUCAGUUUGGGUAUCUCGAGGUGCAGGUCUGGUGUUGAGUUUCGACACAAUGUUUAUUCUUCUCCCAGUCUCACGAACGCUCAUGAGAUGGCUUCGACCGAAGGUCAGGUGGAUCCCGUUGGAUGAGAAUCUCUGGUUCCACAGGCAAAUCGCAUAUGCGAUGCUGGUCUUCACUAUUGCGCACGUAACUGCUCACUACGUCAACUUCUUCAACGUCGAGGUGACGCAAAUUCGGCCAGUCUUGGCUCUUCAGAUUCAUUACGCUCAACCUGGUGGUGCUACCGGUCAUGUAAUGCUUUUAUGCAUGCUCUUGAUGUACACGACUGCCCACCAACGCAUUCGUCAGCAAUCCUUCGAGACCUUCUGGUACACCCAUCAUCUCUUCAUUCCGUUCAUGCUGGGAAUGUACACACAUGCUGUAGGAUGCUUCGUCCGUGAUACUGCAGAUGGAUUCUCUCCAUUCGCAGGUGAGAUUUUCUGGACGCAUUGUAUCGGUUACCAGGGCUGGAGAUGGGAGCUCUUCGGUGGCGGUAUCUAUUUGAUUGAGCGACUGUAUCGCGAGGUUAGAGCCCGUCGCGAUACUAAGAUCACUCGUGUAGUCCGUCAUCCAUAUGAUGUCGUUGAGAUCCAGUUCAACAAGCCCUCGUUCAAAUACAAGGCCGGUCAGUGGCUCUUCCUACAGGUGCCGUCUGUAUCGAAGUACCAGUGGCAUCCUUUUACCAUCACGUCAUGCCCAUAUGACCCCUACGUCUCAGUCCACGUCAGACAAGUUGGUGAUUUCACUCGAGCUCUCGGAGAUGCUCUCGGUGCUGGUUCCGCUCAGGCCAAAUUGUAUGAGGGUGUGGACCCCAUGGGAAUGUAUGAAGUCGCCCUCCAAAAUGGCCAGCAAAUGCCAAUGCUCCGCAUUGAUGGACCCUAUGGUGCUCCGGCUGAGGAUGUUUUCGAAAACGAAAUCGCAGUCUUGAUCGGCACAGGUAUUGGUGUCACCCCAUGGGCUUCAAUUCUGAAGAACAUCUGGCACUUGCGCAAUGGUCCCAACCCGCCAACCCGUCUUCGACGGGUGGAGUUCCUUUGGGUGUGCAAAGACACAAGCUCCUUUGAGUGGUUCCAGACUCUUCUGUCCUCGCUCGAGUCGCAGAGUACUGAGGCAGCUCGCAUCCCUGGAAGCUCUGGAGUCGAGUUCUUGAAAAUCCACACAUACCUCACACAGAAGCUGGAUAUGGAUACUACCCAGAACAUUGUGCUCAACUCUGUUGGCGCAGACCAUGAUCCGCUUACUGAAUUGAAGUCUCGCACCAACUUCGGCCGUCCCAACUUCGCCAAGCUGUUCGCCACUAUGCGAGACGGUAUUCUGGACAGGACAUACAUGAGUGGUUUGGAAGGUAGCAUGAAGACCACUGUUGGUGUGUACUUCUGUGGUCCAUCAGUUGCUGCCCGUGAUAUCAAAAAGGCCUGCAAGGCAGCGACGGUCAGAGAAGUAGAUUUCCGCUUCUGGAAGGAACAUUUCUAA